CUGCCAUGAUUUGGCGAUUGACGAUUGUCUUGUCACUAGAUUAAUAGAAGAGAAUUAAUAUAAAUAUAAAAAUGUGUAAAAGUGUGCUAAGUAAUAUUUUUCUUUUUCCCUUAUUGUUAACCCCAAUUGUAGCGGAAUGGAAUACCAGAGAUUAUAUCCGAAGGGAACAUUCAUUAACAAAACCUUACCAAGGGAGUGGUAUGUCAGUACCAUACUGGGACUUCUUAGGUAGCACGAUAGUAACCUCGAAUUACGUUCGUCUGACCCCCGAUCAACAGUCAAAGGCCGGCGCAAUUUGGAACACAGCGCCAUGUCACACAAGGAACUGGGAGCUUCAAGUCCAAUUCAAGGUACACGGGCGAGGAAAGGAUUUAUUCGGAGAUGGAUUUGUUAUCUGGUACGUCCGUGACCGUAUGCAGCCGGGGCCAGUAUUUGGAAGCAAGGACUAUUUCCAAGGUCUUGCGAUCAUAUUGGAUACGUAUAGCAACCAUAAUGGUGCUCAUAAUCAUCAGCAUCCGUUCAUAUCUGCAAUGGUGAACAAUGGUACACUGCACUACGACCACGACCGAGACGGCACACACACACAGCUUGCCGGCUGUGAAGCUAAAUUCAGAAACUAUAACCACGACACACAUCUCUCCAUUAUUUACAAGGAUGAUACUCUUGUAGUAUCUACGGACUUAGAAGGCAAGAAUGCAUGGAAAGAAUGUCUAAGAGUAGAGAAUGUUCUACUACCUACUGGAUAUUUCUUUGGUGCCACAGCCACUACGGGUGACUUGAGCGACAACCAUGACAUAAUAGCCAUCAAAAUGUAUGAAUUGGACCUGCUUGACUCUCAAAACAAAGAUGAAGACAGAUCCAACAUAAUUCCAUCUGCUGCAACUUUCGAAGCUCCCCGAGAGAGAGUUGAAGACGCAAAGCCAGCAAUGUCUGGAAUUAAAACGUUCCUUUGGAUGAUGUGUAUUGCCAUCAUUAUAAUUGUUUUAGUUGUAGUAGGAAUUAUGUGGUAUCAGAAACGGCAAGAAAACUCUAGGAAGAGACUCUAUUAAAUUAUAGACAAUUUACAAAAAUUUUACAAAUGUCGCCGUUGCAAAUUAGGUUGAGAAAAAAAAUUUUAAGUACAAUUUUUUAAUUAAUAUUUUUCAAUUAUAUUAACAGCAAUAACGUGAGAUCAUAUUUUGGAGACCAAAUGAAUUCUAAAACUAAUAUUUUUGUAAUUAAGUAAAAUUUAACAAGUAACUAUUGAUUUUUGAUAAGUUCAGUAAAAUAUUAAGAAUAGCAGUAAAAACCCAUUUAUACCUCACUGCUAGGCAAUGGCCUUCUCCUAUUAUGCAGUUCAAACUUUGCUCCAGAUUAGGUUAGUGGAAAUAUAUAAAGCGGAAUUUCUUCCAACAAAUUCCAGUUACAGGUUUCCUCACGUUUUCUUCGGUUAUUUUAAGAUUGGAUUAUGAAAAACUGAUAUUAAAUCUUAUUGAGAAUUUUUUUUACUUUAACCAAUCUUACGAACUUGUCAUUUAAUAGUAAGUAGUAUAUAUCAAACGAAUAGUAAUAAAAAUGAGGUUUAUCGUAAUUUUAUCAAACAUACAAACGAAUUAAUUUAGUAUGUAACUAUUAUUUUAUAUGCAACAAAAUCAAAUAUAGUAAAGACUGUUCGAAUUAAGCCAACGUUUCUUAAUAACGCAUAUUAUCUUGAAAGUCAUUUAAUUGAUAUUAUUUUUUUCCUAACAUCAAUAUUUCUUUUUAUAUUUCUGCAUAUUAUUAAAAAGAAUAUCGUAAGUAAUACUUUUUAAUCAUCACAAUUUCUUUUCUUUAUAUUCUAUCUUUCAUUAAUAUAAAAAAAAACUCAAAAACUCAAUAAACUUUUUCUAUAGCUAAGUGGCGGUUCUAGCUAUGUCUAUGAUAGUUUCUUUUUGUCAAGAAGGGGGUUAGGUUUGUUAUAUAUUUAUUAAAUUGGACAAUAUGGUUUGGCAACUAGUAGUCUAAAGUUGCAUGAAUGAUAAAUGAAAUGUAUUUUUUUGUAAAUUGAAGUAAUAUGAAAAAAUUAUGUAAAAACCAUAAUGAUGUUGGUUUCAAUUAAAUUAAAUAUUAAAUCAUUCAUUUGCUGUAUGUAUUUGAAUUAUAUUCAUUUUUAAUAUAACCUGUAAUAUUGUUGCCAAAAUAUUGAACUAAACGAAAAUUAACGAAAUUGUUAUUUUCAUCGAUUAGCUAUAAGACAAAUAAAAUAUUUUUUUUUUUAUUUUCAAAAAGUAAUUUUUUUUUUAAUAUGCAUUCCUUUUUUAAAUUCUAAAUAUAUGUUUAUUAGAAUUAAUUGUCAUUGUGUUAACCAUUAUUCUGAAUAAACAUAAGUCGCCGAAUCGAUGAAGUAAAUUUUAUAUUAUUAAUGACGUAUGUAUGUGUGUUGUAUGUUCUGCGUGUUUUUUUAAAUAAAAUAAUUUAUAAUCUUUAA